AUGGCAGCCGCCUCUCCCGCCCCCUCGCCCAACGGCGGCUUCGCCGUCCCCCGCUCUCGCCGCAGCGCACGAGGCGGCACCUCGACUUCUCGCGCCGGCCCGACCACCAAGGGCAACACGGCGGCGGGCGACGCAGACGGCGACGAGGCCAUGACGGACGACAUGCGCAUCGCCGUGUCGGCCCUGGGCCUCAUGCGCGAGGGCGGCUCGGCGGCGAGCGCGAGCGACGGCCCUCCCCCUACUCCCGCGGCCGACGCCGACCACAGCAGCACCGCCCAGGAGCACUACGCCGUGCCCUCCCUCCCCUCUCGCUACCGCGACGCCUCGUCCUCGCGCCGGUCCGACCCCUCGCGCUCGACCUCGACCACGAGCACCGCCUCGGCGUCCGAGACCUGGACGGGCGCCACGAGCGACACGGGCUACUCGUCGCCCAACGGCUCGGCGAGCGUCGCCGGGACCGUCGGCGACACCGACAUGCUCGGCGACGGCGCCCACGGCGAGGAGGAGCAAGGGCCUGACCCGCGCUUCAUGGCGCGCGUGUCGCAGCUUCCAGUCGUCAGCAGCGGCAUCGAGUGGUACGAGCGCAGCAAGGCCAACUCUCGCGUCGUCAAGUACGGCGCCGGCCUCGUCGAGUCGUCCUUCUCGGCCGUGUCGCGCCCCGUCGCCAACGCGCUCCCGCCGCUCGGCCCGCUCGACGACUUUGCGUGCCGCCAGCUCGACCGCAUCGGCGCGGCCGGCGCGUCACCGGGCCGCAAGUCGCCCUCGACGGCGCUGCACCCGUACGGCGCCGACGACGAGGCGCGCGAGCAGCCGCACCCGCACGCCGACGGCGACGACGAGAUGCGCCGCAGCGCUCGCGGCGGCGACAUCGGCCCCGAGUUUGAGCCCGUGUCGGAGCGCGCACUCGCCGAGCGUCGCUCGUCGGCGUCGGCGGCGCACGACGGGCAGCAGGUGGCGACGGUGGGGGGCGGAGCGGGCAGGUCUCGGUGGCAGACGGUGCUGCUCGAGGCGGGAGGACUCGGUGCGGCCGUCAGCGAGGAGAGCCUCAAGAGCUUGCGGUAUUGCCUCCAGUGGCUCCUUUACGCGACCGCGCACCUCGACCACCAGAUCGGCACCCUGCGCGACUUUAUCCUCUCGCUCCGGGCCCACACGACCUCGUCGUCGGCCUCUUCCUCCUCCAACGCCCUCGUCGCCGCCUCGGCGUCGGCGCACCUCGCCCAGAUCAAGCACGACGUGGUCGAGACGAUCCGCAAGGUGGUCGACGUCAUGAGCAAGUACGCCGGCGCCGCCCUGCCCGAGCAGGCCAAGCGCUACGUGCGCCAGUGCAUCCUCGGCCUGCCCGUCAAGUGGGCGAGCGCGAUCGAGGGCCGUGCGGGUGGCAUGAGCGGGCGCACGACGAGGGAGAGCACGGUCGACGGGAGCGAGCUCGGGACGCCGAGGCCUGAGCGCAUGGGCGACGCCUACUUCCCGGGCUCGGGCGCAGGCGCGACGGGUGCGGGAGCAGGAGCAGGAGCGGCAGGGCAGCAGGACGGCGAGGGCGCGCCCGGCGACGAGGGGACGCAGGACCCGGCGCUGCGCCCGACCGAGGAGGCGGCCGACCGCAUCCUCACGUUCGCCGUCGAGAGUCUCGACAUGCUCCGCUCGGUAACGGGCAUCUUCAGCGAGUCGGUCGAGCGCGCAGAGACCUGGAUCGAACGCCUCCGCAUUGUCGGCCUCGACCGCCAGCGCCAGCAGCGCGACGCCGCCGACGUCGGCUCGGACGACGGCGCCAUGCUCCCGCCGGCGCUCCCGCCGGUCGGCAGCGCCGCGUACGGCGACGGUGGCGACGACGGAGCGGGAUCGCGUACGCCGACGACGGGCACCAAGCGUCGGCGCUCGACGCCGUCGUCAUCGGCGCUGGCCAAGUCGAGCAGCACGGGCUCGAGCGUCGACGCGGCCGAGUCGGCGGCGGCGGUCGGCGCGACGACGGCGGUCGAGGCGGGGCAGGCGAUGGACGAGGGCGACGAGGGCGUCGUGACGAGGCGCAAGAGGGGCGCGUGGCGCGCCGAGGCGGCAAAGAGUGCCGCCGCGUGACGAGGAGGACGCACCCUUCUUCCUUCCCUUACCCCCCUUCCCUCUCUGUCUCUACACGCCUCUUUCCUCUCUCUCUCGAUCUCUCCCUCUCUCUACUCUCGUUACUCUCCCCCUGUACCUGUUGUGUCUUGUCUCGCAAUCUCACAGCGCGCUUGGCUCGA